CACAGGCGUGUAGUGAACAGCUGAGCGCGAGCUGGAGCGCGAGUCCUGAGCGACUGCACGCGGAACAGCUAAGUCCUGUUUAUGUUACUGUUUCAGGACAAAAAAAACAACAACACUGUCAUCACUGGGGACUUAAACACGCACUGAACAGUUCUUCCGAAGUGACUGCAACAUCAUUUCCAGGAAACUCUUAGGGGGUGAUGCCAGAUGGGAAACGCUCUAUAAGCACAUCAGCAUCAUCUGGCUGCUGUCAUGACGACGGGCUGCUGCAGCCACUUUCCUGAGGUGUUGAUGGACCAUUCAGAUACUACGCCUCUCAGAAGCUCUACCGGACACGAGUCUGCUCCAAUGGAGAGCUCAGACUGCUGUGAACCCGCCCUUCCAGGAAAAGCUAUGGACUCUGAGGCAAAUCCAGCCAAUGAGGAGGCACAAUAUUGGAAACACAGGGCAGCAAAAGAUGGACAACAUACAAACAGUGCAGUAUUAGCCAAACAGAGUGCUCUAGUGGAGAGACCCAUGUGUAGGAUCUGCCAUGAUGGAGGGGGACAAGAGGAGUUGCUGUCCCCGUGUGAGUGCGCAGGGACGCUGGGCACCAUUCACCGUAGCUGCUUGGAGCACUGGCUCUCAGCCUCCAGCACCAGCUUCUGUGAGCUCUGCCAUUUCCAGUUCAGCGUGCAGCGCAAGGCACGACCUCUCCUCGAGUGGCUCCGUAACCCUGGGCUGCGUCAGGAGAAGCGCACACUGUUCGGGGACAUGGUGUGUUUCCUGCUGAUCACGCCAUUAGCCACCAUCUCAGGCUGGCUGUGUCUUCGGGGAGCUGUGGACCACCUGCACUUCUCCAGCAGACUGGAGGCUGUGGGCCUAAUCGCUCUCACUGUAGCUCUCUUCACCAUUUAUCUCUUCUGGACCCUGGUGUCUCUCAGGUACCACUGCCGUCUGUAUAAUGAAUGGCGUCAGACUAAUCAAAGGGUGGUGCUUCUGCUUCCCAAGUCCCACAGUGAUUCACUGGGAAAUCCGUCAGUGACAGGCCUGCUGAAUGUAAAACGACCGUCCAAAGAAUCUAUAGUGUGACUGCAUUUUUAAGUCCACAUAAACUCAGAGUGCACAGAAGACUGGCCUGAGAGGAAAGGCCAAGAACUGUUGGAAGAAACAGUGACACUGAUUCUACUGUUUAAUUCUGAAAAAGACUACUGAGGAACCAUGGACGCAUUUCAGAGCUUUGAAGGAAUCCAGCUGCCUGUGGACUUUGUUAGCAAGUUGCUAACAUUAUCUGUGGAUGGACGUUAAGGACUGUGUAAUACAUUUCGUCUUGUUGAUUACGCAACAGUAUGGAUCCAUACCUUUUUUUGUUUUGUCUUUUGACACACAUAUAUAUAUGGGAUGUCGACAUGUCCAGUAACAUCCCACAGAGGUUUUAUUUUCAGCCUGACGCCUGUAUGAUAAUUCUGCUAAGGAGAUGCAGUCAGUUAUUUAUGAGAGAAACUUACUUUGUCAUUCUUUUUUUUUUUUUUUUUUUUUUGACCAUUAUUUGUUUUGUAAAUGGAAUACAUGUAAUGUUUUUAGGUAAGGGGUCCCCAGUCAAGGAAUCUGCAAUUUAAGAGCUUUUCCUGCUUUUUCCGUUGUAAAUUCACAAGUUAUUAUUUGCAAGUUGUCAUUUGUGUUAAAGUACCUCAAGCUCAGUAAGAGAAAUACCCUGUGAGGAGACUUUUUUAAUUAACCUUAGAGCCUUUGUAAUGGUUUCACAUGUUUGAAAAAAUUGUUCUGAUAAUAAAUGUCAUUUAAUAACAUUUACAUACAGUAGGUUAAAUUCAAGAAAUUAAAAUCCUUAAUUAUGAUUCAACUUUAGUUGACUGUUAAAAAAAACCCUACUUUUUUCCCCCCACUUGAUCAGAUAAGUAUGGGUGCGUCACAUGAUUAGCAACGUUAACAUCUCAUCACAGUGCUAGUGCUUAGUACACCACGUGUUUGUGUAUAAAAUGCUAAAAUACCUAUAUGAUACCUAAAUGCAGUGAUCACAGGCACUGAUAGAGAAAAGAAGCUGAGGAAGAACUGAGUAACAAUAAUCACUUCAUUUUCUGUGAGAGGGUGAAAUGAGUGGCUAAGCAUGUUGCUAAUUUUGAUUCAUAUGGGGCUAACUGACAUCAUUGACUGCCAUAGUCUGAGUCAACCUGACCUGAAAAACAGCAGAUAAAAGACAUUUUUUUAAAUCUGUCAUCAUGAGAAGACCAACACUGUUCUUUCCUGAGCAGUUCUCCACAGGAGCUAAAGCUAAUACUAAGAAGCUGUUUUGUAAAGUAAAAAAAAAAAAACAAUAAUAAUAAAUAAGGGGACAUGUGC